AUGGCGGCUCUGCAGGAGAAGAAGUCGUGCAGCCAGAGGAUGGCAGAAUUCCGGCGCUACUGCUGGAAUCCGGACACGGGGCAGAUGUUGGGCCGCACCCCGGCCCGGUGGGUGUGGAUCAGCCUCUACUACGUGGCUUUCUACAUAGUGAUGACUGGACUCUUCGCCCUGUGCAUCUACACGUUGAUGCAGACUAUUGACCCCUACACACCUGACUACCAGGACCAGCUAAAGUCGCCAGGGGUGACCUUGAGGCCUGAUGUCUAUGGGGAGAGAGGUCUGCAGAUUUCCUACAACGUCUCUGACAACAGCUCCUGGGCCAGCCUCACACACACCCUCCACAGCUUCCUAGCAGGUUACACUCCGGCAUCCCAGCAGGACAGCAUCAACUGCACCUCUGAUAAGUACUUCUUCCAGGAGAGCUUCCUAGCUCCAAACCACACCAAGUUCUCCUGCAAGUUCACAGCAGACAUGCUGCAAAACUGCUCGGGCCUGGAGGACCCUGACUUUGGCUUUGAAGAAGGAAAGCCAUGCUUCAUUAUUAAGAUGAACAGGAUUGUCAAGUUUCUCCCAAGCAAUGACACGCCGCCCCGAGUAGACUGUGCCUUCCAGGAUGAGUCCCGAAAGCUCCAGCAGGACACAGGGCCUCUGCAGGUGGAGUACUACCCACCUAAUGGCACCUUCAGUCUGCACUACUUCCCCUACUACGGGAAGAAAGCACAGCCCCACUACAGCAACCCUCUGGUGGCAGCCAAGCUGCUCAACGUACCCAAGAACACAGAAGUCGUCAUCGUGUGCAAGAUCCUUGCAGACCAUGUGACCUUUGACAACCCCCAUGACCCGUAUGAGGGAAAGGUGGAGUUCAAGCUUCAGAUUCAGAAGUAGGAGCGGGUGUUCCUGCCUGAUGCCUCGCUUCCUGCUCCGUGUGGCGGUGCAUCCUCUGCCAGCCAGCGUUGUGGUCACCUCACAGAGUGCAGAGCCAAGGCUGCUGCCGUGGGGCAAUGCCAUCGGUCACCCGAGCAUCAGCUGCUUCCCCUUAACCCUUCCUCAGUUUUCGGUGGAAACUGUGGUAAACUGUGGGGGCCAGCGUGGUCACCUAGGGCAGCAUCCACCCCAUUAACAGGACCCUAAAUGACCCAU